AAAACAAAGCAACAUGAAUCAAAAUUGAUUUUUAACAACAAAUUGAUUAUCAUUAGUGAAUUAUUAUUGUGUUAAUAUUGAGAGAAAAUAAAAUCUCUAUUAAUUUAGUUGAUCAUCAUUACCAAUAUUCAUCAGAAAAUAAUUAAUAGUUAAUGAUUAGUGAUUAGUGAUUAGUGAUUAUUGAUCAUCAUCAAAUCAGGAGGAAACUUGAAGAUUCUCAAAAGGAAACAGUUAAUUGUUACUAAUAAAAUCAAAAAGAUGAUCAUUUAAUUGUUAUUAAACAAUGUAUUUACAUUCAUCCUUUAAAUAUGUUCAAAAUUCAUGUUAAUCAGUUGAAACAAUCAGUUAAUCAAGUGAGUUAAUGUUGACCAAGAAAAAAACCUUAGGCCUAACAGAAUUGAAAACAUAAUACUUCAAAUGAAAGGACAACGGAAAGUUAAAAAUGUCAAUCAAAUCAACAUUUUUAAUCACAAUUAACUAUAUUUUCAUCUAUGGUAGUUUAAUGGUUAAUUGUGAGGUGAUAGACAAGUUGAAGAGUCAACAAUUAAGCAAUCGGAUCAAACGACAGUCAAAUCUUAAUUCAACAUCAAUAAUCAAUGGGAUCUUAUCGUCAUCACAAUUAAUCAACAAUCAAGAAAAAAUUAGCCGGGAAAAUCUAAUAACCAUAUUACAAUCACUCGAGAUAAAUGAGACAACAAUCAAAGUUAAUUGGAGAUUACAAGUCAUUAAUCAUCACAAUAAGUCAUCACAAUUAAAGAUUAACCCAGUUGACCAUUACUUGCCUACAGAGUGGACAUUGAGAGUACGUCAAUUCGGGACUCUUUAUGUUAAAUUGCGAUUCAUAUCCGAGAUAAUUAAUUAUUCUAGAUUGUUAAUCACUGGAUUUAAAGAUAUUAAUUUUGUUAUCUCAUCACUUCAAGAUGGAAUCGCUUAUGAAUUGUGUUUACAAUCAGCUGAAUUCCCUGUUCAUGAUAAAAUUGAUACAAUUCUGAGGCGAGUGAGUAUAAUCAACAGUCAGGGUGAACCGGAAUUGAAUAACAACCAGGGUGGUGGUGGUAAAAUGGUCUGUAAGGAAGUGGUCACUCGCCGGUCAACAUGUGGUAAUACAUUGACACCAGGUAAGAUUGCAACGGUAACUGUUGUCUCAUCAGCAUCAACAAUUAUAAUUGUUGUGAUUGUUGGUUGUUGUUGGUGUCCAAACAAUAAGGAAGAUGAAAAAAGUGAUCAAGAUGGACAUCGGUCAGAAAAUGAUGAAGAAUCAAUUGAAGAUGAAGAUAAUCAACCAGAAGUGAAUAACAAUAAUAAUACAAACAACAAUCAAGGGAAAUGGUUCAAAUUGUUUAAAUCAUCAUCAACUGUUACCACCAAUCAAUUGAAUGACAAUAACAAUCAACGUAAACCAAUUGGUAGAUCCUUAAUUGUUCACAAUGUUAAUUAUGAGGAUAAAAAUUAUUAUUAUAAUGUAAAAAAGGUUGAUAAUUGGUUUAAUUUUUGGCGGAAAAUUAAAUUCAAUGAUCAACCCAUUUUGUUUAACAAACAUUUGGAAACAAUUAAUAUUGGAUUUGAUUGUCAACCAACAUCAACAACAAUUUACAGGCCCAAGAGUUGGCCACAAGAUGAGUGGACAAUUAAAGUUACUAAUUAACUCCCUGAUAGUGACUUAAAUCAUCAAAUUGUAUUUAUGAUCAUAAUUAAAAAUUCAAUUUAAAUGAUAAAA